AUGAAUAGCACAACAUACGGCACGAUUGUCGUCGCGGACAAUGCGCGAGCUCACCUUGGCGAUGUACACAAUCAUUACAAGGCCGACUCAAUGUCAAUCGCUAUCGGAUGUGUAUCACUCACUGGAGGAGCAACCAAUCUUAUGAUGCGCAUCGGUGUCUUCGUUUCCGAGGUCAGAAACGCUCGCAAAGAUAUGGACGCUGUGAGCAGGGAACUACUAUCCCUUUCAUUAUGUCUUGGUACUCUCAAGGACGAUAUACAAAAGCGAAACGUUGCCUAUGAUCAAAUCCUCAUCAACGACAUCAGCCAGAUUCUCGUCAAUUGUGAAAUGACCAUGCAACAAAUCGAGACGGUAUUGACCAAGUUGUCCUCAGGCAAACUAUGUCAUCGCAUUAAUUGGGCUGUGUCUCAGCAGGAACAGAUGGACAAGUUGAGGUCCUCUUUAGAGUCUAGCAAGACAGCUCUUGAGAUUGCCCUAACUGUCGGCAGCAUUUCGAUGCUGGCGACGCAAAGAGGUCUCCUAGAGGAUGUCGGAAAGGAUAUAACUCUAGUUCUGCAGGAUACGAAAGUCAUCAUCACCAAGACUGAUGCUGUGCUGGCCACGACAGCAAGCAUCGACCGCAAGAUUGACGUUUUGUCGCACAUGCAAAAAGAGGACCCGCGACUGGAUAACAUCAAUCUUGAAAUUCAUACACUAAACGAGCAGCUGAAAAAGCUUAUGCAUACUAGCUCGAAGACAUCUACAGUCACCGGACUUGUGGAACAUGCUCAGAGCACCACGAGAAAGGUAUUGGAACCACUGGCACAUCUAUUACCUACGAAAGAUGAGUUGAACAAGCUGAACAGCACCCCGAACGAGGUAGCUAGCGGCAUGUUACCCCAUUCUGAAAUGUCUCUCCACAAAGAUCAAAACUAUACAAAUAUACUGAAGUUCUGUCCAGCAUGUUCAAGGUUGCUGUGGAAAAAAGACGAGGCUGUUGUCGAACAGUUUCAUGCUAAAAUAGAUGAAACUCGGAAAAGGUGGACAGAACAAUUGCAAUCAGAGGAAACCAGAGGCGAUGAGCUAGCCCGCCUGAUAGUCGUAUCGAAUGAAGAAUUGAAAGCAGAGAAAGCGGCUCUGUCGGAAUUACAGAUUCGAUACACAGAAAGGGAAGCAUUCAUGCAAGCAAGCCUUGUUGAGACAACAAGGAGGCUGGAGCUGUAUCAAGAUGGUUCCAGGCAGCAAGCUCCUGAAAGUAAUCCCGCUACGAUUGACGAGCAGCCACCAAAUAUCAUGGCCGAUAAGUGGCCUUCUGCAAUAGAUGUCAUACACCGACGUUCUAAUGCAGUCACUAUUGUUGAUGUAGCGAAUGAAUCAGCUGGGGUAGAGCAUCUGUUGAGAUUUUACAAUGACGAUUUGCAAGAUUUCACCGAACUCACAGAAGAGCUGAAAAGACUGCAGUGGCCGAGCGAUGAUACUUUGUCAAACUUGGAAGAUGGAGAGCUACAUACUCGUUUUCAGGAACUACAAUGGAAAUGUGCCAAGGUAGCGAGACAUUGGUGGGACAACGAAGAGCAGCUUCGACGGCUUCAAACUGAUAUUGCCAAGGCUCAAAAGGCUGAUAAUUUCACGGCGGCUCAUGGUCAGGAAUACGAUGAUCGCAUGCUCGAAAUCAUGGAAAAUGGGCUGGCGAGCCUUCAGCUUGAGCUGCUGGAAAACAAAAGAGACGAAGUCAAUCGUCUUUAUACUGAUUAUACCAUGGAUAGCGUCGUACCAAAUUUGCCACAACAUAUUGUAGAAAGCCAGGCACUCAGAUCAAAUUAUUCGACGCUUUCAGCUGCAUAUCUGAGACUGAAGAGGUCGUAUUUUGAGAGACUCACAGUCCUAGAAGACCUCAAGAAGUCAUCAGCCAACCUGCCAAAACCCGCAGUAAACCUGCAAUUUCCUCAAGCACCGCCGAAGAACCCGCAUCACCAGCGACUGGACACACAGGUCGGCGGCAAGCUGAAAUACGAGGAGGGAAAGAGCGCUGCGCGCAUGUUUAUGCAGCUACAACGAGACAUUCACGAACAAGCACAGAACCAUGCAAGUCAAGCCACCAAACACCAAACCCGACAUGACAAACUACGAUCCUAG